AUGGAGAAAAAGGAGGGGCUUAGUGAUACAGAAAUGCAGGAAAAGGCAUUGGAUAUAUUACAGCUGCGAUUGAUCCUCCUCCAUCUGCUGUGUAGUGGCUGCUGGCCUCGCGGGAACAGUGGCCAUGGACAGCUGGGGCGCUUUGCUCUCCUUCCAGCCGGAGAGGGAUGUGGUGGGUCCUCCAGGGUGAAAUUCCGGAUUUCCCCGGGUCUUCCGGUAGGAGCCGUGAUCAACUGUGCUGACAACACAGGAGCCGAAAAUCUGUAUAUUAUUUCUGUGAAGGGGAUCAAGGGACGACUGAACAGACUUCCUGCUGCCGGUGUGGGUGGCAUGGUGAUGGCCACAGUCAAAAAAGGCAAACCAGAGCUCAGAAAGGAGGUACAUCCAGUGGUAGUAAUUCGACAACGAAAGUCAUACCGGAGAAAAGAUGGCGUGUUUCUUUAUUUUGAAGAUAAUGCGGGGGUCAUAGUAAACAAUGAAGAGGAAAUGAAAGGUUCUGCCAUCACAGGACCAGUUGCAAAGAAGUGUGCAGAUUUGUGGCUCAGGAUUGCAUCCAUUGGUGGCAGCAUUGCAUGAUUCUCUGGUGUAUUUGUAAAGGAAAAACCAAUUAAAAAUUGGUGAUAUGAAAAAAUAAAA